AUGUCCAGGGUGUACCCCGCCUCUCACCUGAAGUCAGAUGGCAUUGACUCACCUGCGACCCUGACGGAUAAGUGGCGUGGAUCAUACCGCAAUGAGACAGGAGGAGAUGAUGCUUUGCUGGGGAAUGUGAGCAAACUGACUGUGACUCCUCCAGGACACACAGGAGCAGCCAAAAAAGGACACCUUGUCUUUGAUGCCUGCUUUGAGAGUGGUAAUUUGGGGCGUGUAGACUACAUUAGCGAGUUUGAGUUUGACCUCUUCAUCCGACCUGACACAUGCAAUCCUCGCUUCAGAGUCUGGUUUAACUUUACUGUUGAGCAUGUCCGGGAGACACAGAGAGUAAUCUUUAACAUUGUGAACUUCAGUAAGACCAAGAGCUUGUACCGAGACGGGAUGGCUCCAGUGGUGAAGUCUACUAGCCGGCCUAAAUGGCAAAGACUGCCAGCCAAGAAUGUGUAUUAUUACCGGUGCCCGGACCAUCGGAGAAACUAUGUGAUGUCCUUCGCCUUCUGUUUCGACCGCGAGGAUGACGUGUACCAGUUUGCCUACUGUUACCCCUACACCUACUCACGCCUUCAGCACUAUCUGUCCAGCCUUGAGCAAAGAAACCUAGGCUACCUAAAGAGAGAGCAGCUGGGUCUCAGCGUGCAACAGCGAAAGUUGGACCUCCUCACCAUCACGAACCCAGCUAACCUGAGCCCAGAGCAAGAGAAACGUGUGGUUUUCCUCACAGCACGUGUUCACCCAGGAGAAUCACCUGCUUCUUUCAUCUGCCAGGGUGUGAUCGAUUUCCUGGUGAGCCAGCACCCUGUGGCACAAGUCCUGCGUGAUCAUGUGGUCUUUAAAAUCGUUCCCAUGCUCAACCCUGAUGGUGUGUACCUGGGCAACUACAGGUGCUCUCUGAUGGGUUUUGACCUGAACCGCCAUUGGCAGGACCCAUCCCAGUGGGCUCAUCCCACUCUGCAUGCUGUCAAACAACUCAUCAUCCAAAUGAACCAAGAUCCUAAAGUGAGUCUGGAGUUCUACAUUGACGUACAUGCUCACUCCACCAUGAUGAAUGGCUUCAUGUAUGGCAACGUGUUUGAGGAGGAGGAGCGCGUGCAGAGACAGGCUGUCUUCCCGCGCCUACUGUGCCACAACGCACCCGAUUUCUCUCUCUCUAGUACAUCAUUCAAUCGUGACGUGGUUAAAGCAGGGACGGGACGACGCUUCCUUGGAGGCCUCCUUGAUGACACGUCCUACUGCUACACUCUGGAGGUUUCCUUCUACAGCUUUCUGACUGCAGGCAGCACCACGCCUAUCCCAUACACAGAGGACAGCUAUAUGAAACUGGGUAAAAAUGUGGCCCGGACUUUUCUGGAUUAUUAUAAACUAAACAAUCUGAUUGAUGAGAAUAAAUUAACAAGUCAAUUUAGCAGUCUGGGUGCUGCGGCUGCUGGUCAUCAGGGGAGUAACACUCGAAAAGGAAAAAAUCAACAUUGGGACAAAAAUGAAAGAAGAUUCCAAGGAGUCAGAGACUAGUGAAGUAAAAUGUCAUGGAAGUUCCCAAUCAUGAUUACUCAUUGCUUCCCUGACACUGAAGAAAGGGGAUUUAAUUUACAAUCAGUUUCAGGGCUGCACAAUAACUCACCUGUUAUCAUCAAUGUUCUGAAAUCUCUACACAGUGCUCUGGUAUUGACUGUUGUAACUUCAACUAUUUGUUUUCAGUGGUUUCUGCU